UUAAGUAAAAUAAUAUAGCGGCACAGUCUUAUUCAAAAACAGAUAUCGAUUAUUAUUUCACCGUGUUCGGACCACGUAGACUUUCUUCUAUGCAUUGAAGCCACUUACACCCUCCCCCUCCCCCUUUCCCAGCUAUGUGUGACGUAACAAUGCAUGGCGCCUCAUCAAUACGAAUCAACGUGCGGGUAUAGGGAAGGUGCGAUCUAUAGAGGGAUCCCAGCACACUAGUCUCAUCCGAUCAGUCUACACGGAGUUGUGAUAAGCCUCUCACGGCUCAAUGUGGUGACAAGAAAGUGUCACAUAUUAACUGGUAUAAACACUGAGCUGACAUAUCUUUGGAUUCUUCGUGCCUUUGAUUCCGACUCCCUGGUUAUACAGUGCCACUGGAAAGGGUUAUCUACAUCAUACUUUUUAAACAUUUUGGGCAUACUUCUUAUCCUUCCUUCGGAGUUGGCUCGUUGCCUAUAGACAGGUACCUGAGGAAUAGCGGAACGGCACCGGGUCCCGAUAAGACGAUCUUGAACAGUUGGCCCUGGAAAAUUGGUCACCUCUGGAGUAUCAAUUUAAAUAGGUUCAACACUGACCGCCUAAAUAUUUAUGAUUAAUUUUCUGUAAUGGAUCACUAUAUCGGAUACUUUAUAAGAUGAUUGCAAGAUCGAACAAUUGGUCUUCUCGUCUAGAAAUACUGAAAUAAGUGACAUAUUGGAGCAACAAUCUUCCUUUCUCUAUUGGGGCAACAGACGUCAUCGGUCUAACUCCAUUACCAAGAAAGACAUCUACUUCCUUCGCAAUGGUAACUGAGUUGGAAGACAUCACUAUGGAGUCGACAAUGACCAUGGAUAGCAAUGACAACAUGACCACGCCUUACUUCGACGAUGAGUACGUCUACGAUCAAUCCGACGUCAUCAUCAACUUCGUCCUUGCGUCCAUCAUUGGAUUCUGUGGUUUCUUUGGGAUCAUUGGUAACAGUCUCGUGGUCAUCUCUUGGGCGAUGUCGAAAAAACUUCAAAACAUCACCAAUAUCUUUGUUAUCAGUUUGAGCAUCACAGACUUCCUUGGUUGUUCGAUGCUACCCAUCCAAGUAUACACCUUCGUAGACUUCGCCAACGGACCACCAGUGCCUGACUGGGUGUGUAGGAUGUGCGGCGCCAUCUGCCUCAUAGCCUUCAAGUCCAGUGUCUGCCAUCUAGCGCUUAUAGGAAUCAACCGGUACGUGGUCAUCACGCGGUUCCGUGCGCAGUACCUACGACUCUACAGCGUCAGGAACGUCCUCUUCAUGGUGAUCUUUGCAUGGACCUUUCCCACCCUGCUCAUCAUGUUGCCUCCCGCGGUGGGACUGGGACACUUAGGGUACAACGCUGGAAACCAACUCUGUGUGUUUGACGGAACGCCACUCCAGCUCAGGAUCAUCUAUAUCCUGGAGGAGAUCCUCUUCGGGUUUUCUUUCAUCAUCAUCGUUACCUGCUACUUCCGUAUCUACGUCUACAUAAGUCGACAGCAUCGUGAUCUCAUCAAAAUCUACAGCAAGCGUGAGCGCAGUUCUGGAGGGCUCAAUAUUCCCGAUUGCAUUACCGAGGUGACUGAGACUACAGACGUUGAACCUUCAACUUCUUCAAAUGUUUAUCUUGACGCCGGGACAAACUCGCCUUCGUCGCGAAAGAGUGUCACGUCAAAGAUCUACACCAUUAAUGUUAAAUCUCGAUCGGAGAGCAAGAAGCGGCGACGAACCGCGUCGUCCCAGGAAAUGCACAAAGUUCUGACGAAGCGCGAAAUCGACAUCACGAAAAAUCUCUUCAUGGUUGUCUGCUGUUUCUUCUUUUUGUGUUUCCGCACAUUCUCUGUCUCACCACGGAUAAAUGCUAUAACACUAACUUCAAGUACACAGCGACAAUUCUAGUUAUUAACUCUCUCACCAAUCCUCUCAUUUACUGCUUGAAGCAUCCCACUUUUAGGGAGGUUUCCUCAUGUCUGUUCCGUGGGGAUCUCUCAGGGAUACCAAAACCAGCGAGAUGGCUCAAGCGUUUGCUGAACAAAUGAGGUCUUUCUUUAGCUUUUGGCAGUCUCGCGUGUUAUAUUUGGCUUAUUCACGUAAAUCAGAUGCAACCAGAUUAAAGAUGGUAUAUUGACCCAUCUCCGUCACUUGGUGCAAUGUGCGAGUUGAUCUUGAAUUCCAACUUUUCGGAAAACUGAAGUGGUGAGCAUGGUGAAUUAAGUAAUGUUCUUACAGAAAGUAAGAGAGACUUAAUCGCUGUGAGAUGGAAUCAAGAUGACGUCUUUCGAAUAUACAAUUAGAAAAGUUUGUUCAUGAUAAAUAUGAUAAUAUCAACGACUAUAGUUAUAUAGAAGAAACAUUUUAACUCACUCACUGAGCAGUAUAUAUCGAUGACUGUGGAUAUCCAUUGUAGCUGUGUGUCUGGUCGGUUUUGUUGCUAUACUUGAGUGUUCUUCUCAUUCUUGAUGAAGGGUGUUCUUCUUAUUCCACACAGCCAGCUGAAUGCAUACAGUCUUUAUUAGACAAUUAUGGUUGAGAAAUUGUUGUGUAAAGGUAAACGUCAAGAUUUUUAUUUUACUUAUUCAGUUGGACCCGACCAUUGGCUUAAAGGCAGUGGAACAAAAGGAAAACUCAGUCCUCAGAUUAACUCUCUCGGUUAAACACGAUUUGGAACAAACUAAUAAACCCAGUGUCGGUUUUAAAUAGUAAUAGAAUAUGGCCGAAGUGUUUUUCUCGGCCGGAUAAGUCUUAUUUCUGUGAUAGUUUGCCUAUGGAAGAUUCAUUUUAUCUAUUCAUUGUACAUCGAGUAUUAUUAUAGACAUGAUGUUCCACAUAAUAAAUAAAUAAUUUGGAUUUUUGACUUUUUAAUUCGUAUAAUCAUUUUGAUAAUGAUAAUAGUCGCAAAGUAGUAAAAACAGUAUCAAUGCCAUUUUAAUACAUGAUAUUUAAAGCGCAGGAAAGCGCGGUAAUGGCAAUAUAACUAGGAGUAUUAUGGAAUAUACAAAAUGAGGAACACGGUAUAGAGAAGUUGACAUCAACUUUCAAUAGAGAUAGUUAUGGAUGAUAUUCUAAAAUGAUGAAAUCACAAAGAAAAUAAUGUUGAACAAGUGUGUAUACAAUUUUCCGUUGGAGCUCUAAAAGCUGAUUCCGACGAAUAUUUCCUGCAUGUAAAUGAUGAUCAGUUCCAUGAUGGUGCUUUUAUUUUUGGUAUGUGACAAAUAUAAUAAAUGACCAUGGCUAUCAAAGGCGAUCAAUUAAACACGCACACAUUAAAGGGAGCUAGUGUAGCUUGACAAAUGAUGGUUAACGACAUCUACGUCUACUUGUGGACAACUGCACGUAAACGAAUGGACUUCAUUAUAUUAACGGUAGUCGGCGACUUAAUCUCUACAUGGUCAGCGUUCGCGAAACAGACCGAAUUUUUUCUCACGCUUCGGUUUCGCGUACGUUGCACGAACUUGAUUGCUGCGGUCGCGUCGUCCGUAGUCGUAUUAAACCCGACUGGCCCCCAAGUCACGCCACGGGAAAGACACGUAGUGCCGUCAGGCAACACUCCCUUUAAACACUAUACAGACGUGUAACCUGCUGCUCAAGAGUAACCUGACGUUAACGUGUAACCUGAUGCUAAAGCGUAACCUGUUGUUAAAGUGUAACCCGAUGCUAAAGUGUAACCUGCUGUUAAAGUGUAACCCGAUGCUGAAGUGUAGCCUGCUGUCAAGGUGUAACCUGACGUUAACGUGUGACAUGCUGCUAAAGUGUAACCUGCUGCUAAGUACGUGUAACCUGAUGCUAAAGUGUAACCUGCUGCUAAAGUGUGACCUGCUGCUAAAGUGUAAGCUGCCAUUAAAGUGUAGCCUGCUGCUUAAGAUUAGUGUAACCUGCUGCUAAAGUGUAAGCUGCCAUUAAAGUGUAGCCUGCU